AUAUACUUGUUUUAUAUGUUGCAUACAUUUAAGGGGUCAGAGCCUUAUUUAUAUUUUCUGUGGGUAGCAAAUUUUCUGUCAACCUUAACUUUUUCUGUUAUUUUGUUUAUUUUUAAUAUUAAGGUAUAUUUUAUUUCUUUUUAUAAUGAUUCUAGGCGUUUAAUAUUUUAAAUUUAAGCCUCAAAAGCGUGCAUUUAAAGUUGUUUCUACAAGUAUAGAUUUUAAGAGUCACUGUUUGCGAUUUCCUCUGGUAAACAUAUUUGCUAAUAGAGAUCAAAGUUCAUUUACUGCUUUCUUAAUUUUUAUCUAAAUAACUUUUAUUUCAUUGCCAGUGUAUAAAGCCGACAAAUAUGUCCUUAUCCAAAGUAGCCAAGGUCUUGAAGACAACUGUUCGGACUUACGCCAGCAGAUCAAGCAGUGACGAUGUCGUCAUUGUCUCGGCAGUACGGACUCCCAUAGGUUCGUUUCUGGGAUCCCUAUCUACACUUCCAGCCACUAAACUCGGUGGUGUUGCUGUCCAGGCUGCUAUAGAACGGGCUGGCAUACCGAAAGAUGAAGUUAAAGAGGUGUUUUUGGGAAAUGUAUGCCAAGGGGGAGUGGGACAGGCUCCUGCAAGGCAAGCUACCAUUUUUGCUGGACUCCCAACCUCAACAAUCUGCACUACAAUCAAUAAAGUUUGUGCUUCUGGUAUGAAAUCAGUUAUGCUUGGAGCUCAAGCCUUACAGACAGGAGCACAAGAAGUUGUCCUUGCUGGAGGCAUGGAAUCCAUGUCCAAUGUACCCUAUUACUUGAAAAGAGGACAAACUCCUUAUGGAGGUGUAAAUCUAAUCGAUGGAGUAGUUUUUGAUGGACUUACAGAUGUUUAUAACAAAAUUCACAUGGGAAAUUGUGCAGAAAACACAGCAAAGAAAAUAGGUAUCAACAGAGCGCAACAGGAUGAGUUUGCUAUUAAUUCCUACAAAAGAAGUGCACAAGCAUGGCAAAACAAAGUGUUUGAGUCUGAAAUAGUUCCUGUUAGUGUACCUCAAAAAAGGGGACAGCCUGAUGUAGUUUUUUCAGAAGAUGAAGAGUACAAGCGGGUGAAUUUUGAGAAAUUUGGCAAGCUUGCUACAGUUUUCCAAAGGGAAAAUGGUACUGUAACAGCUGGCAAUGCUUCUACCUUAAAUGAUGGAGCAGCAGCUUUGAUUUUAACUACACAAAAAAAUGCAGAAAGACUGAAUCUCAAACCUUUGGCAAGGAUUGUAGGGUAUGCUGAUGGUGCUUGUGAACCAAUUGACUUUCCUAUAGCACCUGCUGUAGCCAUACCAAAGCUUUUAAAACAAACUGGGGUCAAUAAGGAUGAUGUAGCUCUAUGGGAGAUCAAUGAAGCCUUUAGUGUGGUCGUACUGGCAAACCAAAAAUUACUAGAGCUGGAUCCAGCAAAAGUUAACGUUCAUGGAGGUGCAGUAAGUUUGGGACACCCUAUCGGGAUGUCUGGAGCAAGAAUAGUGGUUCACUUGGUACAUGCCUUGAAACCUGGAGAAAAAGGAGUUGCCUCCAUAUGUAACGGUGGGGGAGGAGCUUCUUCAAUUAUGAUUGAGAGAUUAAAUGAAACGACUUCAAAAACAAAAUUACCGAAAUUGACGUUAUACACUAGAGACCCCUGUCCUUUGUGUGACGAACUAAAAGCAGAACUCUCUCCAUAUAUGCACUUAGUCGAGUUUGAAACCAUUGACAUAGCUUCGAAAGAGAACGUUAGAUGGCUCCGUCUGUAUCGCUAUGAAAUUCCCGUGCUUUUUUUAAAUAAUGAAUAUCUUUGCAAGCAUAGAUUAAAUAAGUCUUUGUUAGAAAAGAAAUUAAACGAAAUAAAAGAGUAUUGGCAGUAAAAAUAUA